CAUCGGUUCUGAUGAGUGGCAACACCAUGGCAGGCUUCAGGAUGAUGGACAUGUUUGGCCUGGUAGAGAAGGAGUACAGUAACGUAGAGGGAGUGUCCCUGGAACCAGGCUCCUUCAACAGCUUCCCCUGCUACAGACUGCACAAAGACGCCCUGGUCUCACAGCCCACCAAGUACCUCCACCCAGAAGGUUUGCCCUCUGACUACACCAUCACCAUCCUGUUCCGCCUGCUACCAGACACCCCCCAAGAGCCCUUUGCAUUGUGGGAGAUCCUCAACAAAGACAAUGAACCCCUGGUGGGGGUCAUCCUGGACAAUGGUGGGAAGACUCUGACGUUCUUCAACUACGACUACAAGGGAGACUUCCAGACAGUCACUUUUGACGAGCCUGACAUCAAGAAGAUGUUCUAUGGCAGUUUCCACAAGCUCCACAUGGCGAUCUGUAAGACCACAGCCAGGGUGGUGGUUGACUGGAUGGUAGUGGGAGGAAAGCCCAUCAACGAGCUGGCAACAUCAGUAUGUGGAGCCUGA